AUGGCUCCGGGGCUGGUAGUGCUCUCAAAUCUUGAUGAGGACGAGGACGGCGUGCAGCCCGUUGAGGCAACGGCCACUACUGACCUUGACCGCUGCACACGCCGAAUUGCGCGGCAGGCAACCGAGACCUUGGUGCAAUUUGCACAUGCCAGAGGCAUUCUGCCCCGUGAGCUGCUAGAGCACCUCGAAAUUGGCAACCCUGUCGUUAUUGACCGUCUCGAGCGUGCUAGCAGGGUGAUGGUCGAUCUGAACAUGCCCGCUGAAGACCGCACGGAAGAGGAUUGGAACGCCUCUAACACCAUUGAAGACGAGGCGGAACUGCUGGCUAUGGCUCUUGACAUCCUCCGUCAGCCCGAGAUGUAA